AUGGCCCCUCACCACGCCCUGGGCAACUCCGUGGGCUACAACUACCUCACGGGCGCGCUGCCCCCCGUGACAUCGCCGCUCUCAGCGGUGGACGUGCAGUUCAACUUCCUGGCCGGCACCUUCCCCACUCUCACCCUCACCAGCUGCGCCGCGCGCAUGAACUGCUUCCUCGACGCCAUCAAGUGCAAGAACCCCGCGCGAGCAGCCGAGCUCCCGCGGGCCACGGCCUCGUUCUCCAUCUACAACACGACCAACGCGCAGGGGCGCCUGUGCAACGGCGGGGUGUGCACUGUGAACGCCACGGACCUGGUGGCGCUAGAUGCGCCCAACAGCGCCGCGUCGCCCUCGCUGCCGCUCAUCUGCGUGGGUGCUGCCUUUGUGGCCAUGGACACAGUCAACGCGGGUGCCAUGCUGAACCUGAAGGCGUCGCUGGGGGUGACCUCCUUUGACUGGAAGGCCGACUCGCCCUGCUCCCUUCCUGGCGACGUUGCUGCUGGGUCGUGGAGUGGCGUCAGCUGUGACGGCACCGGCAAAGUGCUGAGCAUAGUCCUCAACUCGCAAAUGCUGGCGGGCAGCAUUCACUCAGACAUCUCCAAGCCCACCACGCUCACCUCGCUGGACCUGCAGUCGAACCUGCUACAGGGGCGGCUGGACUCCUUCAAUGCCGGCAUCAAGGCACCCCUCGUGCUCAAGGAGCUCACAGCGCACUCACUCUCAGCACCAUGCACUCUUCUCUUUUCUUCUCCCUCCACUGCUCAUCGCCCCCCUUACCCCCUUGUGCUCUCCCCUUCCUCCCCCCCCAUCCUUGCCGUGCCUGCGUGUCACUACAUGGCGCUGCAGUUCAACUACCUGUCGAGGCAGUUCCCCUCCACGCUGCUCGCCCUCACCACGCUCUCCAAGCUCUCUGUGGCCUACAACUACCUCACGGGCACCGUCCCAGCAGUGCCAGCGUCAGCCAAGUCACUGGAUGUGCAGAGCAACUUCAUGUCAGACGCCUUCCCCACCAACACACUCACCUACUGCCCUGCCACCUCCAACUGCCUCAUAGAUGCCUCCAAGUGCGCGUCGCUCGGCAUCUCCCAGCGCAGUGCCUCCAACUGUGCCAUCUGCAGCACCACCAGUGGCCAAGGCACGCUGUGUGGCGGGGUGGCCUGCCUCGUCAACACCACCGGUGUCACGGCAGCCCCCACUGCCACGUUGCCCCCCUUCAACCUUUACUGCACGCCUGUUGCCAUGGACACCAAUACCAGUGAGUGCUGCUUCUCUCAUGCCGCCUUCCCCUUGGCUCCCCCUGCCUUCCCCUUGGCUCCCCGCGCCUUCCCCUUGCCUUCCCCUUGCCUUCCCCCACCUUCGCCUUGCCUGUCCGCGCCCAUCACCACUCAACCCUUACAACAUCACCCCACCCACCGCCUCUCUUCUCACGUGCAGCCACAACGCUGCUGGCGCUGA